AUGCGUCCCUCCUCGCGCCAGCGGGUGGCCGCCUGGCUGCUCGCGCUGCCGUUGGGGAGAGGUGGAGAGGAAUGCGCGCGCCGCGGCCGCCUGGAGAUGAUCUCGUUUUGGCUGCUGUGCUGGAAGCUGUUGAGAGCCACAGCUGGGCUGAGGAGGACAACAGCUGAGCUAACGGACGGUAACCAAGACAACGGUAGCUCCAGCAACAAUAACCCUGUCGACGACUCUCCUACUCCUACGCAGCCAGCAGAUCCAGUUACCAUGGAGAUCAGCUCAUCACCACUGCCAACAGACCUAGAAAGAGAUAACUUAGUUAGCUGCCUCAGCCAGGAAUUAGAAGAACUCCAUUACCCAGAAGUCCAUGGGGUGCAUCAGUCAAUCAGUGACAAGCUGGAGGAAAUAGAGGCUGCCGAGGGAGAAAAUGGAAAAAGAGAUGAAGAUGAGUGUGACUAUCUUGUUUUUGAGAUAGGACGGCAGAAGAAAGGAGAGGAAGGAGGUGAAAGUGAAGGAGGACAAGACACAGAGAGAGGAGAGCCCCGUGUUUUCAACUCAGAUCCUUCAGAGCAGCCUGCAGCCACCAUGUUGAUGGAGGCCUGGGGUCACGACCUCGGCAACAGAGAUGACCUAAGCGACGGUCACCUUAGCGACUGCCUCCAAGCAGAGCUGGCCAUCGUCUACUCGGACAGCGACGCCGGGGAGGAUCAAUGGGCAGCCUUCGCACAAUGUGAAGUCACCAACCAGGAGGAAGCCAGCGGGACAGAAGAGCAGAGAGAGGAAGAGCAGGAGAAGAGGAGUGGAGGUAGGAAUGAUGAUGAGGAGCAGAUGAGGUCGAGGAGAGAUCUUUUCCUGCGAUCUCCUUCUGCCAGCUCUACAGCCAGCUCCUUGGACCCCGACAAGAGGGUUCCUGUAGAUUUCUGUAUCCAACAGGACACCCACAGUGAAAAUGUCUCCACUGAGCAUCUGGACUUCCUGCUGGCCCGCCAGCAGUGGAAGAAGAUGGAGGACGAGGUCAAAGGUCAGCCUAUACCCAAACCGGGGCUCAGAACUCAGGGGAGCUUCCAGGGCACCCAUACUUCACUGUACCCCCCUACUCGCAGCCCGCGACUCAAACACAGAGAAAUCCAUGCCCCUGUGCCCAGGGAGCCCCCUCUAUCUUCCACCCUGUCCCCCAGUUCAGAAGACUCGGGCCUUGAUGACUUGUCAUACCGCAGCCCCCUAGAGGACCCAGAGAGCGCUGUUGAGAGAGAGAUCCGGCUGACUCUGGAGAGAGAGGAACGGCACCGCAGGGAGAGGGGUAUAAUUUCACAUGGCUUGACUAUACCCAGACCAUCCACCCUGCAGACAGGGCGAUCUCCACCCCGACCUCCAGCCUGCCGCACCCCUACUUUGUCCAUCUCUCCAUCCCCGUCCUGCUCCUCUUCCCUUCCCCGAUCUGUCUACCAUGAAAUGACAGCCAAUAAUGUCAUCAUCCUGGAACCUGACUCCUCCAGCUCUGCCUCCAGGAACCGUCUCCUGUCCUCCGCCAUUGGCGGCCUCUCCGAUUGGCCGACAAGUCUGGAUGCCAUGCCCUCCGCCAAUGUCAUUGUUGUGGAAACCUCCAAUCUGAUUAUUCGCAGCGCUUCCGAGUUCUGCCUAAGCUCCGCCCCUGUGUCCAUGGAAACGCAGGAGAGUACUUUCUCAUCCAAUCCGUUUUUUAAGCUGCGCUCCCUCAGCAGCCAGUCACUGGUGGAGCAGGAGAUCCGCAUGGUAAGGCAGAGGGAGGAGGAGUGGAGGAGACAGAGGGAGGAAAUGUGGAGGAGGAGGAGAGAGGAGGAAUGGAGACGGGGGAGAGAGAGGUACGACACUGUUCUGGUGUCUCCGGGCCUGAACGAUAACAUCAGUUACAACGUGCCAGAGGUUGCAGACAGAUGUGUCUCCUCUCCUUCCUCCCCCUCCAGGACCCGCAAGAUGGAACGAUCCAGUUUGUCUUGCGACCACAAGUUCCCCCCUUCCCUCUCUUCGGUGCCACGACGACAGAAUGCCAUGGCACAGCGAUGGGAGGCCUCCCUACUAGCCAAUCAGAAGAAGGAGUGAGCUACGAGACAGCGCUCGACUGACAGCCAUUUAAAGGACCAGUGUGUAGGAUUUAGUGGCAUCUAGCAUUAAGGUUGCAGAUUGCAACCGACUGGAUACCCCUCAUCCCCCUUUCAAGCAUCUAAGGGAGCCUACGGUGGCCGGGCUACUGAAGAAACAUGGCGGUGCAACAUGGCAGGCUCCGUGGAAGAGGACCUGCUCCCUAUGUAGAUAUA